AUGAUAGUUGGGAAAGGAACUGACUCGAGAAUAUUAGGAUUCAUUUCAACAAUCCUGGGCCACUCAAAAGGGGCUAGCCCAGCACACUUGCCCGAGUUCCCUUUGCCUUCGACUCACCCUCAAUGCCUGACACAAAUGCCAAGUCCAGCCACACCAAAAAUGAUUUCACAGACAGAUGGAGAAGAAUCCUAUCGG